AUGGAUUCUUAUCCAUUUUCUUCCCACUCAAAGUUUGUUGAACUACUUAGUCAACAAACAGUUUCCUUUGGUAACAAUGAAGAUAGUGUUGAUCUAUCUUCAUCACAACCACUUCCUGGUAGUGUAGGAACCGAAACUUCAAACUGUGAUGGAGACAGUGCUCCUCAGCGCCGAGAACGUCGAAAGUGGACACCAACGGAUGAUGUAGUCUUGAUCAGCUCGUGGUUAAACACGAGAAAGGAUCAUGUGGUUGGCAACGAGCAAAAAUCCAACGGUUUUUGGAAAAGGAUUGCUGCUUACUUUGGAGCAAGUCCUCUGCUUGCUGGCUGCAAAGAACGAGACCAUAAUCACUGCAAGCAUCGAUGGCAUAGGAUCAAUGACCUUGUCUCCAAGUUUUGUGGAGCGUAUGAAGCGGCUACUAGGAAAAAACAAGAGCUGCGGCACGACCAGAAGUGGUGCGAGUUGGCUACUGCAAAAAACGAUGGGAGCUUGAAGAAGAGGAAGUGUGAGGACGGUGGAGAUUUAGAGAGUUCUCAAGCAACUGAGAACAAGUGUCCCCCUGGUGUGAAGGCCGCAAAGAAAUCUUCUCAGAAGACAGUGGUUUCGGAUGAUAAUCUUAAUAAGCUUCAGAGUGAGACAGUUCCUUUAUCGGAGGCAGACAAUGAAAGUAGCCGAGUGAGAGCUGUUGAGAGAGGUCACGAGAUGUAG